UCCCUCUCCGCGUUUCCCCUAACCUGUGAUUGGCUUUUGGUCAAACCCAACAAGAUGCUUUCCGCCGCCACCACCCGCCUCACCAGCGCCUCCGCCCGCCCCCUGGCGCGCAUGUUUGCCACGCAGACCGCCGCCUCUCUGGCCGGCCCGGAGACCCGCAUGACCACCCUGCCCAAUGGUCUGCGCGUGUGCACCGAGAACAACGGCUCCGAGACCGCCAGCGUUGGUGUCUGGAUCGACACCGGCAGCCGCUACGAGACCGAGGAGACCAACGGUGUCGCCCACUUCCUGGAGCACGUGUCCUUCAAGGGCACCCACAAGCGCACCGGCCCCAGCCUCGAGCUUGAGAUCGAGAACAUGGGCGGCCACCUGAACGCCUACACCGCCCGCGAGCAGACCGCCUUCUAUGCCCGCGUGUUCAAGAAGAACGUCCCCCAGGUCAUGGAGCUCCUGUCGGACCUGCUCCUCAACUCCAAGUACGAGGACCGCCACAUCGAGAGCGAGCGCUCGGUCAUCCAGCGCGAGCUCGAGUCCAUCGAGGCCGACAAGAUCGAGUACCUCAACGACCUGCUCCACUCGGCCGCCUACCAGUGCCACCCCCUGGGCAUGACCAUCCUCGGCUCGUCGGAGAACAUCAACUCCAUCUCCCGCGAGGACAUCCAGAACUACGUCAAGAACAACUACACCGCCUCGCGGAUGGUGGUCGUCGGCGCCGGCGGCGUGGACCACGACGAGCUGGUCAAGAUCUCUGCCGACGUCUUCGCCGGCCUGCCGGACGUCGUGGACACCAAGCCCGCCCUGGUCAAGCCGCGCAUCAUCGGCUCGGAGAUCCGCGUCCGCAACGACGAGAUGCCCUACACCUAUGUCGGCCUGGCCCAUGAGGGUGUCAGCCACACCAGCCCGGACUACUUCCCGAUGAUGAUCGCCCAGAGCAUCCUCGGCUCCUGGGACCGCAACAUCGCCGGUGGUGCCAACGUCUCCUCGCGCCUGGCCCGCCGCUUCGCCGUCGACGAGCUGGUUUCCUCCUUCGCCGCCUUCAACAUCUGCUACCAGGACACCGGUCUCUUCGGCCUGCAGAUGGUCACCGACAACAAGCUCCGCCUUGAUGACCUGCUCUACAGCGCCCAGUAUGAGAUGGUCCGCCUGUGCCUGGACAUCACCCCGGAGGAGGUCGAGCGCGCCAAGAAGCAGUACCUCACCUCCGUCAUGAACGGCCUGGACAGCAACUCCCUCAUCGCCGAGGACAUCGGCCGCAGCGUCCUCUCCUUCGGCCGCCGCCUGCCCCCGGCCGAGCUUGUCGCUCGCGUGUCCAGCGUCACCGUCCAGGAUGUCCGCAAUGCCUGCAUGGAGCGCAUCUACAACCGCGACCCGGUCCUGGUUGGUAUUGGUGCCAUCGAGGGUCUGCCCGAGUACAACCGCGUCGAGCGCGCCACCGCCUGGCUCCGUUACUAAGUGGCGGG